AUGCUGACCAAUGUCCGCCCGGUGCUGCGACUGCUGCAGCUUGCCGUGCCCUACCUGGAGAAGACCAAGGGCGCCAUUGUGGUCACCUCGUCGAUGCUCUCCUUCAAGCCGAUUUCCAUCUACAUGCCCUACUGCAUGAGCAAAGCCGCCCUGGACAUCAUGGUGAAGUGCCUGGCUCUGGACCUUGGCCCGAAGGGAAUCCGAGUCAAUUCCAUCAACCCGGCCAUCAUUGCCGACGACUUUAUUGCCAAGUCACUGGGUCUUGACCCGAAGGUGAUGAGCCCUGAGCUGGAGAAGGCUGGCAAGAGCUACCCGCUUGGACGUUUGGGCACCACUGAAGAUAUGGCCAACCUCAUUCUGUUUCUGUCCAGCAAGGAUUCUGCUUUUCUCACCGGACAGAAUAUUUGCGCCGAUGGCGGAAGCACUUGGGGCGGAGACUCACAGGUGAACUAA